AUGGCAACCGAAGAGAGUGGACGUGCGCGUUUAGCACAGCGUUCUUAUGAAGUUUUUAACGAGUUGGUGUCUACGAAUGAACAAUACCAAGAAAUGUUAGAAUCAGUCAAGUUGGCAAAAAACUCUAUAACUAAGACUACGCUACAAUAUCGGCAGUUAAAGAGGUUUGACAUAUGUUCUGUUAGAGGUGUUGAAAAGCUUAUUACUCGUGUAUCGUCAGGGUGCCAAAAGAAACUGAAAUCUGCCAAAAAAGGACUUGUGGUUAAACCAAUGGUUUUUUCGGAGAUGAACAGCCGUUGUCAAGUGGAUCUAAUUGACAUGCAAUCCCAUCCGGAUAGAGAAUACAAAUUUAUUAUGGUGUAUCAGGACCACUUAACUAAGUUUGUGCAAAUACGUCCAUUAACGUCAAAAAGGGCUGAGGAAGUAGCUAAGAGCCUGGUAGACAUAUUUUGUAUUUUCGGCGCCCCAUCUAUACUACAAUCGGACAACGGCUGGGAGUUCGCCAACCAUGUCAUUGAAGAGUUAUGUACAAUAUGGAGUGGCCUUAAAAUAGUCCAUGGGAAACCACGUCACAGUCAGUCACAAGGUCUAAGAUUUGUUCAGUUAAUGAAAAAUAGGGCAUACCAUGAUGGGAUAAAACAAGCUCCUUAUACCGCCAUGUUUGGGCAUGAUAUUAAAGUCGGCUUAUCCACAUCAGCUUUUCCAAAAGAAGCUAUUGAAAAUCUACGAACCGAAGAAGAGCUCGAGAAAGUGGUAAGGGAAUUUGGUUUAGGUAAACAGCCUCAACAAGAAAUAAAUAUAAACCAGUCUAUGGAUAGUGAGCCAGAACCAGACAAUUUGCAAGAGGAUAUUACUGAACAUAUGGAAAAUGGCAACAAUAAUUAUCGAGAAAACCCUAGUAAUACAGAAACUUCAGAAAAUCAGAGCAAAUACCGUGAGAGUAAAAAUUCCGAGGAAGGGGUGAUUUUAGAAACUCUCAUGACAGUUAUCGAGAAAACUGACGAUGAUUUGUAUAAGCUAGCGAACAAGAGGGGAACUAUCGAAGAAAUGUUUUCCAGGAACCAAUUUUCUGUGUGCAGUGAGAAGCUUAUUGAGAUGGAAAAUGUAUCACCGGAAAAGAAAAUUUAA